AAAUAAAAGCCAUGAGUGAUCAUGAAGAUAAAGAAAAUGAGAUAUAAGAAGAAACAACAUCAAAUCCACCUAAAUUUGAAGACUAUUCUAAUGUAUGAAAAUAAUAAAUACUUAGAUGGAUAAAACGUAAAUUCCAAUUUUUGAAAAGAAUGCAGGAACAGAAUGCUUUAAGAAAGGUGAUUAUUUCGAAGCAACUCGUCAUUAUGCUAAAGUAGCAAUUUUCUAAUAUUUAAGGCAGUAAUGGCAUAUUAAUUUUUAAUAAAAGAUGGAGUGGUGAAUGAUCCAGAAGAAAUGUAAAAAUUGACUUAAGAAAUAUAUGUAAGAUAAAAUAUAUAUAUAUUAUUUAGCUUCCUUGCAAUCUCAAUUUAUCUCUUUGCUAUAUCAAAUAAAAAGAAUAUUAAAUGGGAAAGGAUUUUGCAAAUAAAGCAUUAGAAGUUGAAGCAAAUAAUGUAAAAGGUUUGUAUAGAAGAGGAAUAUGCUUGAUGAAUUUAUAAGAAGUAAACCAUAAUUUUAGAAAAAGUUUAAAGCAGCUGGAGAGGAUAUUAAAAGAAUUUUAGAAAUAGAACCAAAUAAUGAAGAUGCAAAAUUAGCUUGGGAACAAUUAUUAAAAAAGAAAGAAUAAAUUAAACAGAGAUAGAAAGCAAUAAGUGAAAAAAUGUUAAAUAGUUUGAAUUAUGAGGAUAAAAUUGAAACUUAAAAAAGUAAUGGGAAAAAAAGUUGGUUUAGAUAGAAAUAUGAUUGGUUAAAAUAAAUAUUGUGUGUUAGAAAAAAAGCCAAAAAAAAUUGAGGUUAGGAU